AUGCCGCCCACUGGCCUAGAGCCCGCCAGGAUGAACAGGAAGAAGGGGGACAAGGGCUUUGAAAGCCCGAGACCCUAUAAACUGACCCAUCAGGUGGUCUGCAUAAACAACAUAAACUUCCAGAGGAAAUCUGUGGUGGGAUUUGUGGAAUUGACAAUUUUUCCCACGGUUGCAAACUUGAAUAGAAUCAAGUUGAACAGCAAACAGUGCAGAAUAUACCGUGUCAGGGUCAACGAUUUAGAAGCUGCUUUCAUUUACAAUGACCCAACCUUGGAAGUUUGCCACAGUGAAUCCAAACAGAGAAACCUCAAUUAUUUUUCCAAUGCCUAUGCAGCUGCAGUGAGUGCUGUGGACCCGGACGCCGGAAAUGGAGAGCUUUGCAUUAAGGUUCCCUCAGAGCUCUGGAAACACGUUGACGAGUUAAAGGUCCUGAAGAUACACAUCAAUUUCUCUUUGGAUCAGCCCAAGGGAGGUCUUCACUUUGUGGUGCCCAGUGUCGAGGGAAGCCUGGCUGAGAGGGGUGCCCAUGUUUUCUCUUGUGGGUAUCAGAAUUCCACAAGGUUUUGGUUUCCAUGUGUUGAUUCGUACUCUGAAUUAUGCACAUGGAAAUUAGAAUUUACAGUCGAUGCUGCAAUGGUGGCUGUGUCCAAUGGAGACUUGGUAGAGACGGUGUACACCCACGACAUGAGGAAGAAGACCUUCCACUACAUGCUCACCAUUCCAACGGCGGCCUCUAACAUCUCCUUGGCCAUUGGACCUUUCGAAAUACUUGUAGAUCCCUAUAUGCACGAGGUUACUCAUUUUUGUUUACCUCAACUUCUUCCUUUGCUUAAACAUACCACGUCGUAUCUUCACGAAGUCUUUGAAUUUUAUGAGGAAAUUCUCACAUGUCGAUAUCCGUACUCCUGUUUCAAGACUGUCUUCGUAGAUGAGGCCUAUGUGGAAGUGGCGGCCUACGCUUCCAUGAGCAUUUUUAGCACAAAUCUUUUGCACAGUGCCAUGAUUAUAGACGAGACACCUUUGACAAGAAGGUGUUUAGCACAGUCAUUGGCCCAGCAGUUUUUUGGAUGCUUUCUCUCCUGGGAUGACUGGUCUGAUGAGUGGGUGCUGAAAGGAAUUUCAGGCUAUAUUUAUGGACUUUGGAUGAAAAAAACAUUCGGUGUUAAUGAGUACCGCCAUUGGAUUAAAGAGGAACUGGACAAAAUAGUGGCAUAUGAGUUAAAGACUGGUGGAGUGUUACUGCAUCCCAUUUUUAGUGGAGGAAAAGAGAAAGAUAAUCCCGCAUCCCAUCUUCACUUUUCAAUAAGACAUCCACACACUCUCUCCUGGGAAUAUUACACCAUGUUCCAGUGUAAAGCACACUUUGUGAUGAGAUUGAUUGAAAAUAGAAUCAGUAUGGAGUUUAUGCUACAGGUUUUCAAUAAGCUGCUAAGUCUGGCUAGUACUGCUUCAUCUCAGAAGUUCCAGUCUCACAUGUGGAGUCAGAUGCUGGUUUCCACACAUGGCUUUUUGAAAUCCAUCUCCAAUGUCUCUGGCAAAGACAUCCAGCCUUUAAUAAAGCAGUGGGUAGACCAGAGUGGAGUGGUAAAAUUUUACGGGAGUUUUGCAUUUAAUAGAAAACGAAAUGUCUUAGAACUAGAAAUAAAGCAAGAUUAUACAUCUCCUGGAACACAGAAAUAUGUGGGACCACUGAAAGUAACAGUGCAGGAAUUAGAUGGCUCCUUCAAUCAUACUUUGCAAAUUGAAGAAAACAGUCUUAAGCAUGAUAUACCCUGCCAUUCUAAAAGCAGAAGAAAUAAGAAGAAAAAAAUUCCUCUGAUGAAUGGAGAAGAAGUUGACAUGGAUCUUUCUGCAAUGGAUGCCGAUUCCCCGUUGCUCUGGAUAAGGAUUGACCCGGAUAUGUCAGUCCUGAGGAAGGUAGAGUUUGAACAGGCUGACUUUAUGUGGCAGUAUCAGCUCCGCUACGAGAGGGACGUGGUGGCACAGCAGGAAUCCAUUCUGGCUCUGGAAAAGUUCCCUACCCCAGCAUCUCGGCUUGCACUCACUGACAUCCUAGACCAGGAGCAGUGCUUCUACCGAGUAAGAAUGUCGGCUUGCUUCUGCCUGGCGAAGAUUGCAAACUCGAUGGUGAGCACAUGGACAGGACCACCAGCUAUGAAGUCACUCUUCACUAGGAUGUUUUGUUGUAAAACGUGUCCAAACAUUGUGAAAACAAACAACUUUAUGAGCUUUCAAAGUUAUUUUCUACAGAAGACUAUGCCAGUUGCAAUGGCUUUGUUGAGAGAUGUUCAUAACCUCUGUCCCAAAGAAGUCUUAACAUUUAUUUUAGACUUAAUCAAGUAUAAUGACAACAGAAAAAACAAGUUUUCAGAUAACUAUUAUCGUGCAGAAAUGAUUGAUGCCCUUGCCAACUCUGUUACACCUGCGGUCAGUGUGAAUAAUGAAGUCCGAACUUUGGAUAACUUGAAUCCUGAUGUGAGACUCAUUCUUGAAGAAAUCACCAGGUUUUUGAAUAUGGAAAAACUUCUGCCAAGUUAUAGGCAUACCAUCACUGUGAGUUGUUUGAGAGCCAUUCGAGUACUUCAGAAGAAUGGACAUGUGCCGAGUGACCCAGCUCUUUUUAAGUCUUAUGCAGAGUAUGGCCAUUUUGUGGACAUCAGGAUAGCAGCUUUGGAAGCAGUGGUUGAUUAUACUAAAGUGGACAGGAGUUACGAAGAACUACAGUGGCUACUCACUAUGAUCCACACCGACCCUGUGCCAUAUGUAAGGCAUAAGAUUUUAGACAUGUUGACGAAGAAUCCACCCUUUACUAAGAAUAUGGAGUCUCCCUUAUGCAAUGAAGCCCUGGUGGAUCAGCUGUGGAAGCUUAUGAAUUCUGGGACUUGCCAUGACUGGAGGUUGCGAUGUGGGGCUGUGGACUUGUACUUCACACUGUUUGGCCUCAGUAGGCCUUCCUGCUUGCCCUUGCCAGAACUUGGGUUGGUUCUUAAUCUGAAAGAGAAAAAGGCCGUGCUGAAUCCUACCAUAAUCCCAGAGGUGGUCACAGGCAACCAGGAAGCCACGAGUAACCCCGCCAGCCACCCUCAGAUGGGUGGAUUUCAGAACACGUUCUUGAGUUCUCAAGAUGAGGAGGAAAUUGAUAUGGACACCGUUCAUGAUAGUCAGGCAUUUAUUUCCCAUCAUUUGAACAUGCUGGAAAGACCAUCAACGCCAGGCUUCUCCAAACUUCGGCCAGCCAUCUCUCGGUCGGCGUCAUUACCUCAACACGCCAUGGGCUGCGAUGGCACCCCCAGCACCAAGCCCCCGUGGAGUAUUGAGCUCGCAUGGAGAGCGACAGGUAAAGAGCCGUCGCCUCUGGAGAUGAGCCUACAUCCCGCGGUGGCCACGCCACUGGCCAUGUUCGCCAAGGAGCCAGCGUCCUCCAAGCACAGCGAGCACCACCACCACCACCACCACGAGCACAAG